CUGUCCUUUUCCUCAACUCCUUUCAGCGGACUUUCCAACUCUCUCCCUUACUAAAAAAAUCCCAUUUAAAAACAGGCCGAGAAAAAGAAAAAACCGUUACUUUCUGCUUCUGGGUUUUGUUUCCGAUAGUGAUUCCUUUUAUUUCGGAUAAAAUGCAAGCGUCAGCAUAUCCUUCGGUCAAAGGAGGGAAAAUAGGCUUUGUGGUACAAAACCAGAGAAGGGUAUUGCUUAAUUUGGGUGAAUCUACUAGCAGAAGAAGUCUCAGCAUGACUGGCGGAACUGCUUGUUGUGGUGGGCUGAGCCUAAAUUCCAUGGCUUCAAUGGGAGUCGAGCUUGGAAGGACUCGAUUGGGUGUUAAUGGCAUUUUCGGGUCGUCGGCGAAACCCAGAUCACUCAAGGCUCAGGCUUCAUAUGAAGAUCUUGAGGGAAUGGUUCCCUCCAAGCAGCACGGAAAGUCUUCUGGAACAGUUUUACCGUUCGUUGGUGUUGCUUGUCUUGGAGCCAUUUUGUUUGGCUACCAUCUGGGAGUGGUAAAUGGUGCUCUUGAAUACCUAGCCAAGGAUCUUGGGAUUGCACAAAAUACUGUAUUGCAAGGGUGGGUAGUCAGCACACUUCUUGCUGGUGCCACAGUUGGAUCAUUUACUGGUGGAGCACUAGCUGACAAGUUUGGCAGGACUAGAACUUUUCAGUUAGAUGCGAUUCCGUUAGCAAUUGGAGCAUUUCUUUGUGCCACAGCCCAGAAUGUGCAGACAAUGAUAAUUGGUCGCUUGCUUGCUGGCAUUGGCAUUGGCAUUUCAUCUGCUAUUGUGCCACUUUAUAUAUCGGAGAUAUCACCAACUGAAAUUCGUGGAGCACUUGGAUCAGUGAACCAACUUUUUAUAUGUAUCGGCAUUCUUGCAGCUCUGAUAGCUGGAUUACCUUUAGCAGGCAACCCGUUAUGGUGGAGGACAAUGUUUGGGAUUGCAAUUGUACCCUCUGUUCUAUUGGCAUUAGGAAUGGCCGUCUCGCCAGAAAGUCCUCGAUGGCUUGUUCAGCAAGGGAAGAUUUCUCAAGCUGAAAAAUCUAUUAAAACACUGUACGGAAAGGAGAGAGUUGCUGAGGUAAUGAAUGAUUUAACAGCAGCAGGCCAAAGUUCUACUGAAUCUGAAGCGGGCUGGUUUGAUUUGUUCAGUAGCCGUUAUUGGAAAGUUGUUAGCGUUGGUGCAGCACUUUUCUUGUUCCAACAGUUGGCUGGGAUCAACGCUGUGGUGUAUUAUUCUACUUCCGUCUUCCGUAGUGCUGGGAUUGCCUCCGAUGUUGCAGCAAGUGCUCUAGUUGGGGCGGCAAAUGUUUUUGGCACUGCUGUUGCAUCUUCCUUGAUGGACAGACAAGGAAGAAAGAGUCUUCUCAUUACAAGCUUUGCUGGAAUGGCUGCUUCGAUGAUGCUGCUCUCUCUGUCCUUUACAUGGACGGUUCUAGCACCGUAUUCCGGCACUCUUGCCGUUCUUGGGACUGUCCUUUAUGUCUUGUCAUUUUCACUUGGUGCUGGUCCUGUGCCUGCUCUACUUCUACCUGAGAUAUUUGCUUCGAGAAUCAGGGCGAAAGGAGUUGCUUUAUCAUUAGGCAUGCAUUGGAUAUCAAACUUUGUCAUCGGCCUCUAUUUCUUGAGUGUUGUGAACAAGUUUGGCAUAAGCACCGUGUAUUUGGGCUUCUCAGCCGUCUGUCUUCUCGCCGUCUUGUACAUAGCCGGCAAUGUUGUGGAAACAAAAGGAAGAUCGUUGGAAGAAAUAGAGCGCGCUCUUAACCCUGCAACUUGAUUUGGAUAUAUCAGGGCACAACAAAAUGAUAACUUACGCGUAAGGAAUUUUGUUUUCUUUUUUUUUUUCCUCCUGAGCCACGGAUGAAUAUUUUCACAAGUUUUUCUGGGAACCUAUAGAGGACUGGCUUUUUUAUUUUUAUUUUUUUUUUGCACGUCUCUUGUUCCAAUAGAGGAUCUUGACUUCACGUGUUCUAGUGCAAGUGUCUGUAUAGGCGAUUAUGCUUGAUAUGUACUUGUUUAA